AUAUAAACAGGUUCAAAAAGCUCUGGCCAAUUUAUUUUUUAUUUUUUAUUUUCAAGUUUCUUUGUUUUUUAUUUUUUAUUUUCCUUUUAUUUUUUAAUUCUUUCAAAUUCCAUUUUUGCACACACUAACUAAUUCAAUACCAAUAUGAGUCUACUUUUCAAAACCACAUCCCGCACUGCCACUACAUAUACACAGCGUCAUCUCGCCAACAGCACUCGUUCAGCCAGCAUACUCUCUCAUGCAGCACAUCUUCGCACACAAAACCAAAAACGCAACAACCCUGAGCAGCAGCAGUUGCUUCUAUUGCAUGGUGCCAAACAGCAUCAUCAUCAUCAACAGCAGCAGAGGGUGAAUAGCGGUGUUUCGGGCUUAUCGAGAGAGUGGGUUUUUAGACAUCGUGGACCAGCUCCCGAGGCACCUCAGGCUAUGGACAUGUUGCAGUUUAUUUUGGGCGAGCGGCCUUUGGCAAAAGGAGGGCCGGUGGCAGCGAUGGAGAGCGAGAGGGAGGUGGCAAGGCGGCAGUUAGGCGAACUGAACGCCGUGGUUGUGAAUGCCCAGGGGGUUAUGGCUGCUCUGACAAAGUGUUCGGAGAAGUAUUUGGCCAAUGCAAGCAUUGAGACUACCAAGGCUGAGGUUGCGACUGAGAUUGAGGCUGAGGCCGUCACUAAGAAAAGCAAGUCUAGUUCUGCUACGGCUACGGCCACGGCUGCCACUGCUGCAGCUGUUGGUCUUGGUCUUGCCGGUGCCUUAGGAUUUGCAGUGACUACCAACGGCUUUGUUCUAUAAUAUCUCACCACACCACAUUCCUUUUUUCUUUCAUUCAAGCCUUUCUCCCCUUAAACGUUCACAAACCUACAUACACUUUUUCUUUCAUUUAAGAUUUUACGCGUAAUUUUUUCUUUUUCUCAAUACAAUCUUUUUGCUUUAAUAU